AUGUUACGAAUUGACAUUCGGUUAAUAUCGGUCCUAUAUUUUGUGGCAAAUUCAUGUGCAGAUAUGUACCAUGCGAAAGACUCCGAUGUCCUGAAACAAAAUGAGUUAUUUUCUGGAUCAAUUACCAGCAUUGAUGGUAUAUUAGUUGGUCAUAGUUCGAAGAGCGAACGUCCAACAGGUUGUACUGUUAUUAUAUGUAAUACAACAUGUGUUGGAGGUGUUGAUGUUCGUGGAGCGGCUCCAGGUACGCGUGAAACUGAUCUUCUCGAUCCUAUGAAUAUAGUCAAGCACGUAAAUGCUAUUGUAUUAUCCGGCGGGAGUGUGUUUGGAUUAGAUGCAGCAUCAGGCGUGACUCAAUGUCUGAUGGAGAAAAACAUAGGAUUUCCAGCUCGUGAUCGUCUCGUUCCAAUCGUUCCAGCUGCAGUCAUAUACGAUUUGAGUGUAGGUAAUAAUUCGUUUAUAGUUCCUGAUGCUCAAUCGGGGUAUUCAGCUUGUAUGGCAGCUGACAAUGCACCUGUGACUGAAGGCAACGUCGGUGUUGGCACUGGUGCCAGCGUAGGAAAAGUAUUGAGUAUUAGAAAUGCUAUGAAAUCAGGACUUGGUAGUGCUUCAGUUAACAUUCGAGAUCCAAACACCAAUACUACAGUUACCAUUGCUGCUCUUGUUGUAGUCAACGCAGCCGGCGAUAUUUACAAGAAGAGUCAACUAAUAGCUGGCGCUCGAACUCCAGAUGGCAAAAAUUUACUGAAUACAAUAGAAUAUAUUUUGAAUGCGGAUGCGAUUGUUGAUGAUAUUUUUCCCGUUGGAACUGCAACAACACUUGCUUGCGUAGUGACUGAUGCUAUAAUUACUAAAGCUGAAGCAAAGAAGAUUUCACAAAUGGCACACGAUGGAUUUGCUCGAGCAAUCAAUCCUGUUCAUACAUUGGCUGACGGAGAUGUGGUUUUCACACUAGGCACUGGCGCUUCACCUGUCUCAAAUAUUAAUCUUCUUGGUAUUAUGGCAGCAGAAGCUGUUGAACGUGCCAUUAUUCGUGCUGUGGAGAAAGCUACUGGUGUUCCUGGAUUUCCUAGCAUUCACGAGCUUAGUUUAAACCCAUCAGAUUGCGACAAUGGAAAGCCUUGA